UCCUUUUCCAGAGCCAGGACGCACAGGUCGCGGAGCGGAUCGGUUCCGACUGCAACUAACCAUGGAGGCACCAGCUGGACCAAAGAAGAACAUUUUGGAGCGUCUGGAUGCAGGAGGGGUCGUGAUCGGAGACGGUGGUUAUGUGUUUGCUCUGGAGAAGAGGGGUUACGUCAAAGCGGGGCCCUGGACCCCUGAGGCAGCUGCCGAGCACCCCGAAUCGGUUCGGCAACUACACAGGGAGUUCCUCAGGGCAGGCGCAGAUGUUCUGCAAGCAUUCACUUUCUACGCAAGUGAUGAUAAACUGGCGAACAGAGGCCACAUCCAGUGCUUCACUGGUCAGGAGAUAAAUAAAGCGGCGUGCGACUUGGCCAGAGAGGUGGCCAACGAGGGCAACGCACUGGUGGCAGGAGGCGUCUCCCAGACUCCUGCUUACCUCAGCUGCAAGAGUGAGGACGAAGUCAAAGCCAUCUUUCAGAAACAGAUUGACAUCUUUGUCGAGAAGAAUGUGGACUUCUUAAUUGCAGAGUACUUUGAACAUGUGGAAGAAGCAGUGUGGGCUGUUGAAGUUCUGAAGGUGACCGGCAAACCUGUGGCUGCCACCCUGUGCAUCGGUCCUGAAGGAGAUCUAAAUGGAGUCAGCCCAGGAGACUGUGCUGUGAGACUUGUUAAAGCUGGAGCUCAGAUUGUGGGUGUGAACUGCCACUUUGACCCCACAACCUCCCUGAAAACUGUGAAGAUGAUGAAGGACGGGAUUCAGGAUGCCGGACUAAAAGCUCACUUGAUGUGCCAGCCUUUGGCCUAUCACACGCCUGACUGCGGCAUCCAGGGCUUUAUUGAUCUUCCGGAAUUCCCUUUUGGCCUGGAGCCUCGGGUUCUCACCAGAUGGGACAUGCAGAAGUACGCCCGAGAAGCGUAUGACAUGGGCAUUCGUUAUAUUGGAGGCUGCUGUGGGUCUGAGCCCUACCAUAUCCGUGCUCUGGCAGAGGAGCUGGAAACUGAGAGGGGCUUCCUGCCUCUUGGAUCGGAGAAGCAUGGCCUCUGGGGUAGUGGUUUGGACAUGCACACAAAGCCUUGGGUCAGAGCAAGAGCACGUCGUGAAUACUGGGAAAAGCUGAAGCCCGCAUCUGGCCGUCCCUUUUGCCCUUCCAUGGCUACCCCCGAUGGCUGGGGUGUAACCAAAGGUGAUAAAGAUCUGAUGCAGCAGAAGGAGGCCACGUCCCAAGAGCAGCUGAAGGCUCUGUUUGAGAAGGCCAAAAGCAACCAGUGAGCUCGAGCGUGGAGUGACAAGUGUCCUUUUAAAGGAUCUUCUUUUUUUUUUUUUCUUCCGCUGUUGGUGUACAUUGUGUGUACAGCGUGAUAAUGAUUGAAUCUGACAUUCUGGGAAGUUACUGAGUACAACAAAAGUGCCUAAUUUUGCUACAGAGCAAUAAAAUUUGUUAAAACAUGG